CUGAAGGGCUUCCUGCCACAGGAGGAGGAGGAGGAGGAGGAGGAGGAGGAAGAGGCGCGGGUGCCCCCCCGGGGGACACGACAGCGGCGACGACGAGCCCCCCGUCCUGCACCCCCCGGCCCCCGAGCCCCGCCCCACCCACCAUCAGCCACACCAGUCCCUACCACAGCCUCCGUCCCCCGCCCCCACACCAGGAGCACCUGCCCCGGGACUGCCUGCCCCGCCCCCAGCAGACACCGCCCCCAGCCUCCCCUGUCCAGAGGGAGCGCGCCCCUCACAGGUCACGCUCCCGCUCCCCCCGCCACCUGCCCCGUGCCAGGUCCCCUGUCACACUCCACAAGUCCCCGCCCCGCCCUAGCCCUGCCAAGGACCGCUCACCCCGCCCCCGCCGUCCCCAGGCCAGGACCCGCUCCCCACCAGGGGCAGGACACCUCCCCGGGGCCGCUCCCUCGUGCGUGCCCGCAGCCCCUACAAGAACCGGUCCCCGCCACCCCGGGCACGCUCUCCUCCCAAGGCUAAGUCCCAGGGGCGCGGCCGCUCCCCCCACCGUGCUGCCUCCCCCAUGCACGGCUGUUCACCACCGUGGGGAGCCAGUCCUCCUGGGGGGCGGGGCCGAGUCUCCCCGAAGCUGCGGUCGCCUCGCCGCACCCAUGAUUUUCGCUCCCGCAGCUGGUCCCCCCCAGCACCGCAGGAAGGCCGGCGGCGGCAGCCCCGAGGCGCGGCGCAGCAGGUGGGGCGGCAAGCUGGCCAUGACCCCGCCCCGUCAGGCCAAGGGGGCCAGGGAGUGCCGCUCUCCUCUGCCCCGCCGCUACCGCAGCCCCACCUCUCCUUCACAGCCCCAGCCCCCUGCGCCGCUCCCCCUCCCGCAGCCCAGCCCGCCCCUACCACCACGGCCCACACACCCCAGAGCGCCCCCCCGAUGGUGGCCGCUUCCCUGCUUCACCGCCAGAUGGCUACUCAGGGCGUGGCGGCCGCCACACUCCCGAGGGCUCCCCACCCACAGACCACCACCAGUACCACAGCCCCGUGGGGCAGUACCGUGGGGCAGUACUGCAUCAGUCCUCCCUUCUCCCGCAGCCCCCCGUGGAGCCCCGGUGGGGGGCGCCGCGCCAGCCCCAUGGGGUGGCGCAGUCCACGCUACCAACACCAGCACCACCACCACUACACUCCCCCGCCCCAUGACCGCUGGAGCCCCCAGCGCUCCCCACGCUGUGCUACCCGCUCCCCGGGGCGCCGCUCACCACCCCCCAGGCCACCGUGCCUCCCCGGGGCGGGGCCGCUCACCCCUGAGCCGCUCCCCACGCCACUCCCCGCGCCGGUGCCCGGGGCUGAGGUCCCCCCGCCGCUCCCCUUCCCCACGGGGUGAGGUGUACCCCUACGAGCGGCGGGGCUGGGGCGGGGCAGCCUGGGAGUGGAAGGCGUCCCAACACCACAGCCCCAAGGCAGAGCAGGGGGAGGCGCGGUACAGGAGGGGCAGCGCAGGGGACAGUGCCCCCUCAAGACAGACGCUGACUCCACCAUCAGCGACUCAGAGCUGCCCUCCGCUGCGCCCCCUGCUCCCCCUAAAGCAGCAGCAGCAGCAGCAACAGCCACAGCAGGUGUACAGCUGGCCCUACCCUCCACAACCACAGCAGUUCCAGUACCCUUAUGAUGCAGCUGAGGGGACUGACACUGCCACCACCACCACCACCACUGCCACCACCGCCACAACAAGGGUUAUUCAGGUGUUGCCCCAAUAUGCUUCAACCCCACAGCCCCACUCCCCCAUGACAGUGCAGGCAGGGAAUGUCAUACAGGCUACCACCACCAUGACCACCAUGACCACCACCACCACCAUGACCACCACCACCACCACCACCACCACCACCACCACCACCACCACCACCACCACCACCACCACCACCACAGCACUCAGCGUGGCACAGAAGGAACAGAGCCAGGCGGAAAACAAGGACUAAGAUCCACUGCCACUUCCAAAUAAGAGGUGAACCAGGCCAACACAAGACAGAUGGGAUGCAAGAACACUGUUGACACAUCAAUACUUCAUACAAGGCAAUAAAGCGGCUACCACCACCAUGACCACCAUGACCACCACCACCACCAUGACCACUGCCACCACCACCACCACCACCACCACCACCACCACCACCACCACCCACCACCACCACAGCACUCAGCGUGGCACAGAAGGAACAGAGCCAGGCGGAAAACAAGGACUAAGAUCCACUGCCACUUCCAAAUAAGAGGUGAACCAGGCCAACACAAGACAGAUGGGAUGCAAGAACACUGUUGACACAUCAAUACUUCAUAUAAGGCAAUAAAGCGGCUACCACCACCAUGACCACCAUGACCACCACCACCACCAUGACCACCACCACCACCACCACCACCACCACCACCACCACCACCACCACCACCACCACCACCACAGCACUCAGCGUGGCACAGAAGGAACAGAGCCAGGCGGAAAACAAGGACUAAGAUCCACUGCCACUUCCAAAUAAGAGGUGAACCAGGCCAACACAAGACAGAUGGGAUGCAAGAACACUGUUGACACAUCAAUACUUCAUACAAGGCAAUAAAGCGGCUACCACCACCAUGACCACCAUGACCACCACCACCACCAUGACCACCGCCACCACCACCACCACCACCACCACCACCACCACCACCACCACCACCACCACCACCACCACCACAGCACUCAGCGUGGCACAGAAGGAACAGAGCCAGGCGGAAAACAAGGACUAAGAUCCACUGCCACUUCCAAAUAAGGGCAUUAUUGAGAAGUAUGGCCUGGCACUGCAAUCAUCAGGGUUCUUUGCUGGGUAUGACAUCAACAUCAACGCAGGCAUUGCCAAUUCUGUGUCGUCGCAGGCCCUCAAAUUUGUGGCCUCUCUCCUGCCAAAUACUGUGGCUUAUUUUGAUGAGGAGAAGGUGAAAGAGCGUCCCAUCACAGACACCUUCUAUGCUCCCUUUGACCUUUACAAGCCCAUUAGAGGUGGUAAGUACUUGUUAAUAUAUUUUGGUGAUAGAGAAAAGCAGGUAGACAAAAUUACAAGUAUUCAAAAUUUUUUCCUUUUUCCUUAUCUUCUAUUACUUCCUCCUCAUUGUGCCAAUUUGUUUCCUUACCUCUGCAAGUAUUGAUUAUUGUGUCUAUCUAUCCACCUGUCUGCCUGCUUGUCUAUCUGCCUGCCUGUCUACGGUCAGCGACACACACAAUCGGACCUCCUGCCGAGACACGAGCAAGAAAGUUUCCUCAUUGGCUGACGAAAUGCCCCUGGUUGUAAAGUAUGGCUGUCAUUGGCUGGAGGUCUGAUGGUGGUUGUUGAUGGCUGUAUUUGUGGUGAUGGUGAUCUAUUAUUAUUAUGUCUGUUUUGUUAUAUGUUGUGUUUAUGCAAAAUGUUUUGUGUGUUUUUGAGAAUGUGUCCUGGAAAUUUUUGGUUACAAGGAAAUGCAUAUUGAUAUACAAUGUCUCUCUCUCUCUCUCUCUCUCUCUCUCUCUCUCUCUCUCUCUCUCUCUCUCUCUCUCUCUCUCUCUCUCUCUCUCUCUCUCUC